AUGGGCAGGGAGGGCAGAACCCAAGGCUCCUCUGCGAGCUCAGUUGCCUUGAUCCUCCUGCUCCAACCUUUUGCCUUCUGGGGGAGUGCGGAGGCGAAACCUCUGCUCGACACUAAUAGUUGUAGAGGUUGUGCAAAACUUAACGUUGUGAUGGUGAUGUGUGAUUCCUUCGAUGGAAGGCUGACAUUUCACCCAGAAAAUGAGACAGUAGCCUUGCCUUUCAUAAAUCUCAUGAAGAGAGAUGGCAGUCUCUUUCUUAAUGCCUAUACCAAUUCUCCAAUAUGUUGUCCUUCUCGUGCGGCUAUGUGGAGUGGUCUCUUCAAUCACUUAACAGAGUCCUGGAAUAACUUCAAGGGCUUAGAUCAAAAUUACACAACGUGGAUGGACCUCAUGGGAAAGCAUGGCUACUAUACACAGAAAUAUGGAAAAAUAGAUUAUACUUCAGGUCAUCACUCUCUAAGUAACCGUGUAGAAGCUUGGACCCGAAACGUUGAUUUUUUGCUUCAGCAAGAAGGCAGGCCUGUGGCAGAACUCGUAGGUGACAAGAAAUAUGUGAGGGUCAUGAAGAAAGAUUGGGAGAUCACUGAUAAAGCAGCAAGUUGGAUAAGGAGCAAGGCCACUAAUUUGACACAACCUUUUGUUCUUUACUUGGGAUUAAAUUUGCCUCACCCAUAUCCAUCACCCUCUUCUGGAGAAAAUUAUGGAGCCUCCACAUUUCUGACAUCUCCAUAUUGGCUUGAAAAGGUAAUGUAUAAAGCCAUCAGGAUUCCAAAAUGGUCUCCGUUUUCAGCAAUGCACCCUGUAGAUUAUUAUGCUUCUUACACCAAAAACUGCACUGGGAAAUUUACACAGAAAGAAAUCAGAGCUAUCCGAGCACAUUAUUAUGCCAUGUGUGCAGAGACUGAUGCCAUGCUUGGUGAGAUAAUUUCUGCUCUGAGUGAAAUGGGACUACUCAAAAGAACUCUUAUCAUAUUUACUGCAGAUCAUGGAGAACUUGCUAUGGAACAUAGACAGUUUUAUAAAAUGAGCAUGUAUGAAGCAAGUUCUCAUAUUCCUCUCCUAAUAAUGGGACCAAACAUUAAGUCUCAACUCAUAUCUAGUGUGGUGUCACUUGUGGAUAUCUAUCCUACCAUGCUUGAUGUCGCUAGAAUUCCAAUACCUAAAAACCUCAGUGGCUAUUCACUGUUGCCUUUGAUAUUAGAAAAGACAGAAAAUAAAAUUCCGCCCAGAAAACAACAUCCUGGUUGGAUCCUGAGUGAAUUUCAUGGCUGCAAUGUGAAUUCUUCAACCUACAUGCUGCGAACUGGCAAAUGGAAAUACAUCGCUUAUUCAGAUGAUCAUUCUGUAUCUCCUCAGUUGUUUGACCUCUCUGUUGAUCCAGAUGAACUGACAAAUGUAGCAACAAAGUUUCCAGAAAUGACCCAAUCUUUAAACAGAAAGCUUCAUUCCAUUAUCGACUAUCCAAAAGUCUCUGCCCUUGUUGAACAAUACAACAAGCAGCAGUUUAUCGAAUGGAAACAAAGUGUGGGACAAAAUUAUUCAGAUAUCUUAGCUAACCUCAGAUGGCAUCAGGACUGGAAGAAGCAUCCAAAGAAGUAUGAACAUGAGAUUGAUAAGUGGAUUAAAGGGAAUACUAAUAUAUGAAACGGC